AAAUUUUUAAGCGGUGGAUUUCGCAGAAUAUUUACGAUUUUCUUCACUACCUACAUUGUUUAAAAAUUAUGAAAAGGCCGCGGAUUGGCAAAUAAAUAUAUUAAGUCUAUUACUGAGUUAUUGGAUAUCAUGGCUGCUAAAGUGAAAAAUGUUCUGAACAAAAAACCUCAGAAAACAGUAAGAAAUGUGUUGGUCCAGCCGUUUAAAACGAAAUGGCCUCAAAUAACGAAGGAAGAAACAAUCAACGUUAUUGGAUUGCUUCAAAGACUGCCACAACAGUUCGUUGUCCAUGGGUCAAAUGACGUCUUCCAGCUGCUGCACGAUGGCCAGGCAUGUGCACUAUUGCUGAGUUCCGACUUUCAUCCACAAAUCUUUGGCAAACAGAUUAUACGAAUGGCCCGACGAAAUCUGCCUUCCAUCCAAAUACUCGCUAUUGACGACUUGAAGUGGCAGGGAAAGCUGGAAAAACUAGUAGCGAUUCGCAAAUCAGGUAACAAAAAUGAAAAUGUUGCUCAAUUGUUGGUAUCUAUGGAUGAAAUCAUCAAAGUACAUGAUUUCGAAGAUGAUUUAAGUCAACCUUCUUUACCUAUUAAAAAGAAGGAACGGAUAGCUAAGACAAGGACAAAUAUUAAUAUCGAGGAUUUGUCUAAACUUUAUCUUAAACGUAGUAGCAAUGCAGCUCGAGAAUUUAUCCCUCCAGUUUCUGAGUACAGCGUAAAAUUGACUAAAAAGGAAAAAUCCGAUUUUUCGGGUGAUUUCAUUAGUUUUAAAAGGCCUCGAUCGGAUGAUGAUCUUUUGUCAACAAAUGUUUCUGCACCUCACAAUCAAACCAAUUUGAAGUCUAGCAAAAAGCUGCAAAUCAAAUAUAUGUCACUAACUGUAAAUAGAAUAGUUGGAAAUCCCGAGAGAAAACAUAACAAAAAGAAAUGA